AUUUAUCACCUUGUAGACAAACAAGGGUUUAAGGGAAAUUGUUGAUUCUCUUUUCGUCGCCCUAGCUGGGCUAGCACGGAAAACUUUUUAGGGUUUAGGUGCGAGAGAAUGCGGAGGAUCAUCGGCAUUGUGGUGUCUAACAAGAUGCAAAAAUCGGUGGUGGUGGCGGUGGAUCGAUUCACGCAGCACCCACUGUACAAGAAAUACGUCAAGAAGACGACCAGGCUCAUGGCACACGACGAGGCCAACGCUUGCAACAUCGGCGACCGGGUGAGGCUCAACCCCUCGAGGCCGCUGAGCAAGAGAAAAGCGUGGGUUGUGGCGGAGAUCUUGCAGCGAGCAAAGAUUUACGAGAUGGGAGUUGCCCUGCCGCAGGUUUUGAGCGACGACGAAGACGACGUCCUUGAUGCUCUUGGCAACCUCAAAGUGAGCACGGCUGCCUGAAAGCAUUUGGUUUUGUUACCUCCAAAUAUCAAAAGUUGAGAAGAACUGGCUCAAGAGCUCUUCUCCAAUA